GGCUAACGAUAACCAAGCUCGAUUAAUCAACAUCUCCCAGAGGCACCAAGCAUAUUUUCGCGCUCCUAUGAUUUCCCCAUUGAUCUCCCUCUAUGCGGCCUGAGCGAGUCUGGGUCACAGGAUGUCUGCUAAUAAUGAUCCGCCCGAUGCGCCCCGCCUGUCCGAAAGGGAUGCUCUCCAAAUAAGCGACGCUGGGCUAGGGAGCUCGCAUGCUCGGAACGAGACCCUAGCUAACGCUGUCUGUCCGUACAGCACUUCCGGAUUUUUCGAUCAAGAAUGUUCUCGCUAUUACGACUGUCCAACACACACGAUCGAGAGGAGUCCUGCGGAAGACGAUGAUGGGAGUACGACAAUUGGGAUGCGUGGCCGCGAAUCCAGUCAGGCUAAUGCCACAACACAACAGGUCGGUGGCAGGGUAGGGCAUGGUACGGAUGCAAACGGCUCGAGCACGGAAUCGAAUACAGUAAAUGCUCCAAUGCCUAAGCAGGACAUAGGUUCCAAUUCACAAACGUCGGAAACCGACGUCAGCGUUAAUACAACCGCUUUCGAUGAAUGGGGCUCACGUGCAGUUCAAGUUGCCGAUACGCAAGAGGGGAGGCUCAAUAUUAGCGAAGUCUUAGGCCAAACGAUUCCGUCGUCUGGUGAACUAUCUAUUGGGAACUCGGCACCACCUCAAUCUAGGACCGACGCAAGAUCCCCGGUAACUGGACGUACGAAUCAGAAUUCAACUGCAUCACCAUUGGUAGUUUCAAGUGAGACCCAGAGGCCACCCUCGCGCUUAAAUCCGAUAGCACCAGAAUUUACUCCACAGCCAGGCAGGUCUCCGCAGGAUAUUACCCUUCCGAGAUGGCAGCCAGAUAGUGAAGUGACCUUGUGUCCAAUAUGUCGCACGCAGUUCAGCUUUUUUGUUAGGAAACAUCAUUGCCGAAAAUGUGGAAGAGUAGUAUGUAAUGCGUGCUCCCCACAUAGGAUUACUAUACCACAUCAAUAUAUCGUACGACCACCAGGUGAAAAGACGUUUCAACGAUAUCCCUUCCUCGGGGAUGAAGGCGGUCUCGCCGAUUUUACCGCGCUCGGAGGUGGUGAACAGGUCCGGCUCUGCAACCCCUGCGUCCCGGACCCGAAUACUACACCACCGCAAACCCAGCACUCGACGAGCCAAUCCUCGCCGAGGUCUACGCAUCACCGAUCCCAGAGUAGUUCUAGCGGCAACUACAAUGGGGAUGGCAAUCUCAACCGUCCCCAACAGUACUUAGUCUUACCAAAUUCAUCUCAUGAUGCUUACCCUAGGAGCCGAAGUGUCACGAUGAAUUCUGGUCCGGGCCCCUCGAGGCCUGCGAGCGGACCUUACUUCCCGCCUCAAAACAGAAUUAUGACCGGAACCCCGCCGACGUACUACCCACGCCCACAACCGGCACGCUCGAGAUAUCGCCGCACUUCACUCCUGGGCCCCCACUUAUCUAAUAGUUCUUUCGUCGAUAUGGCCAGCGGUUCCUCGUCCUCGUCCUCGACAGCGAUGACUAAUCGUCCAUUGCCACCCGCGCCACAGAUCCCGGAAGAGGACGAGUGCCCCAUAUGCCACCGAGAGCUGCCCUCGAGAGAGCUUCCUAACUUUGAGUCUCUCCGGGAGCUGCACAUCGAAUCAUGCAUCAUGGUACAUAGUUCGUAUAGCCCAAGUUCUGGCGCAUCCGGCAAGUCGAGCCAGGUUACUCGCAGAACCGGCAUGUUUCCGUACCUAGCCACAGAGAAGGACUGUGUGGACUCUGCGGAAUGUACCAUCUGCCUCGAAGAGUUCGAGGUCGGCGUUGCCAUGGCGCGUUUGGAGUGUCUCUGCCGCUUCCACCGAGCUUGUAUCAGCGCGUGGUUUGUUGAUCAUCCUGGGCGAUGUCCUGUUCAUCAGCACGACAGCCUCGGUUACUGAUCAAAUACUUUGUCGAUAUGCUCAACUACUUGCACGUCUCUACUACUCACUUCCCAGCAUAGUGUUUAUAUAGUCAUGCGUUGUUGUACUUGUAUCGGUUCCAAAUUCCGCAGGAAGGCUUAUGCUAGGUAUAAGUUUGGCAAGGGGACGGGCGUUUGUGGCACUGCUCUACACUCUUUAUAAUCUGCAUUUCUCUAAUGGCUAGCGGAAGGGUUUUUCUUUUUCCCUAGAUACAUGUGGCUCCUACGCCAUCACACAAGUACGGAGUUGGGCGCAGGGGUCUCAUCGUCUUAGCGCUUGGAUAGACCUAUACCAUUUUGCCUUACCUUUCUAAUAUGACUACAUAUGGGGCAUUCGUCUUCGGGUUACAUAUUAUGGCGAUAUGAUAGGGUGAGUAACAGAAUUCCUCGUAGCCUAUUGCCAAUCAUAUGUAAGGAAACUAGCAUCUAUA